CAUCUGCAUUCUGCAGCGAGGAAUCAAAAACAAAAAAAAACAACAAAACUCAGACUAUCACUUAGUACUCUGAUUCAAAGGAGGAAAAACAAUGGUGAAACACAUAAGCGAAAAGCCUGCAGCCGAGAGAACGGAUUCGAAGUUCAAGGGUGUUCGCAAGCGGAAAUGGGGGAAAUGGGUAUCGGAAAUCAGACUGCCAAACAGCAGGGAAAGGAUUUGGUUGGGAUCUUACGACUCAGCCGAGAAAGCAGCCCGUGCUUUCGACGCCGCUCUUUUUUGUUUACGCGGCCGUUCUGCUAAAUUCAAUUUCCCCGAUAACCCGCCCGAGAUAGCCGGCGGCAGGUCUUUGACACGGACCCAAAUCCAAGCCGCCGCGGCCCGUUUCGCUAAAUCAGAGCCUCCAAUGUCCCAAUCGGAGGAAUCCAACUCCGGGUUUCAAACGGAAUCUUCAUCACCGUCGGUUUCGGACGGGACAACACAGUUCGACAUUGAAUUGCCUAUGGAUGAGUCGUUUCUGGAUCUUUUGACAACCGGAACGGGCAAUUACGGAUCGGAUUAUGGGUUGAUAUUCCCUGAAUUUGAUGAUUUCUCAAGUGAUUUUCUCAGAUCAUCGUUGCCCAACAUCGGGUUUGAAGAGGAGAAUUUUGAUGGGAUAUUAGUUCCAGAAUCUUUUCUUUGGAAUUUCUGAAAACGGGUCGACCUGGGCAUUUUAGUAUCCAGAGUUGGAUCCGGAUAUUUGGCGGGCCAAAUUUUUGCACAGAAGAGCCUUUUUGCUCAUCAAAUUA